CUGAGGACUCCAGAGGAACUGGCCCGCCUCCCUAACUGACUGGCUAAAGGCUAGCUGGUUUCUUGCAAAUUAUGUUGAAUGUGCAGAUGUGUUUGCUGAAGUCACCGAAUAAAUAACCUAGAUUGAGCGAGUAAUAAGGUGUUGGAGAAGGACUGCCUUCACGAAUCUAAAGCCAUGGAUGUCAAGUGGAUGUCUGUAAACCCUGUCACCACAGGGGGCCCCUUCCAGUGUACCUUCUGCAGGUACCAGUGCAAAAGCAACGCCACAUUUCAAAUCCACAUUGGCACCAAUCACCCCUUUCACUGUGAGGAUAUGGACAUGGGUCGUCUGGGAAAGAUCAUCUUCUACCAAAAAGGCGCCGAGCUCUUCCACUGCCAGGAAUGCUACUUCACAGGGAAGACAUAUGCCCGAGUUUACGACCACGUCCUUGUCUGCCACUCCUUCUCGGGGAAGGACAAGAGCGGUGGCAACGGAGACCCUAAAGACUACCUCAGCGACAGCAAUGACAGCAAAGACGUCCCCGACAACAACGAAGAGUCAAGGCGAGAAAGGGGAGACGGUCAGGCUAAGCCUAAAGAGGAAGCCAACAUCCAGAUUCCCGCCAAGUUUGUGCCCCUCAACUGUGUCAAGAAGGAGGAGGAGGGGCUCUACGACGAAGACUCACGCCAGUCCGGCUCUCCCAGCCAGCCUCCGAAAAGGAAGAAGGACGUAGCCAGCGAUGAGGAGGCGCACCUGGACAGCGAGGACUUCCCCGACUACUCGGGCAAACGGGAGCGGGAAACGGACGAGGCGCGAGAGGAGAAGCAGGCGGAGGAUGCGCUGCUGUCCAAAUACGUCCGCCGCAUCGGGGGGCGCUACUACUGCAACAUCUGCAACUGGCGCGGCAAGAUGAAGGGCUUCAUGUUCCACCACGUCAGCAAGAAGCACGACAUCCCCAGGCCGCACGCCUGCAAAGAGUGCAACAAGUCCUUCCUCCUGGAGAGCAUGCUCCUCAGCCACACCAACCUGUUCCACAAGCAGGGGAUCUACCAGUGUCCCUACUGCUCCUUCAAGACCAACUUCCUCCGGGGGGUCCGGCGGCACCUGAACAACUGCAACAAGCAGGGAGAGGGGUCAUAUGACAGCGAUGAGCAGGACUGAGGCAUUCACGUGGCUGAAAUGAAAUGACAGUGUGGACAUUAGUGAGGAAAGUCUGGUGAUGAAAUGAUUAAGCAAUUCAACAUAUUGUUAGUUUGUCUGUUAUUUCAUGCCAACAGUUAUGUUUGUAACCAACAAUGGACUAAAGUGUGAAUCUUGUCAUAUCAAUGGGAAGAUCCUAACGGCACCUUGACUUCUCCAGUAAAGUAUGUCUAGUGUUCAGUGGCUUUGCUUUGCUGGUUGCUGUGGUCCUACAGGUUUAACUUAACCCCAUGAAGAUGUGAUAUAGUGUGCCUGUUCACUGAUUUAAACUCUCUGAGCAGAAUAACGGUAGUUUCUGAAAUGGAAUGUUAUGCCUUGAGCAAACCAUUCAACAGAAGGGCUCAAAUCUAGCACCGCCCUUGUCCAACUCCCAAGCCGCUACACAAACCUGCCUCUCUUUUAUAAAGUUCAGAUGUGUUUACAGAUCAUAAUCUUACAUGCAAUCUAUUUUGUAGUCCUACUUCUGUACACAGCCCAUGCAGUGAACAGUAUUUCAGUUCAUUUUGAGGGCAGGAUUCAUGUUCACACCUGUUUCACCCUGAGAGAUUUGUGUUUAUUUCUCAAUGUGCAUGCUGUUAUUUCAUGACCAUAACACCAUGAACCAUAAUGAUAGAAUGAAAGCAGGUACCAUCACUGGACCUUGGCCCCUUUCCACAGGUAAAUAGAAAAGGGGCAGAGUCAGUUCGCCUACAGCACUGACAAACUGGUCAAGUUUAAGCUUUCUCUGUACCUUUAUUUUCAAGCAAAUGUGUUUCCAUGAUGCUCUUCUCCAAUGUUUUUACCUUGUGUAAAGUAAGUGAAGUUCUUUUUAAGUUUUUUAGAUUUGUUCAUGUAUGUGUAGAUGAGCAAUCAAUUGAGGUUUCUAAAGCUUCAAGGCUUCAAGUCCAAAUUUGAUUUUGUCUCUGCAAGUACAGUAAUACAUCUGAAUACUACUGAUAAUGUUACAUUACAUAUUUUAUUUAUUGAUUUCCUAGUUAGGCAGAUAAUACUGUUUUUUAGACUGUGUUUUUAUACUAUGUUUAUUGGUUUAUGUGUAUUAUGUCUAGUAGGUAUUAUGUGUGAGCAUUGUGACAUCUUGCCUUGGGCAUCAUGCAAAGCAUUCCUAAUACAUGUCAUAUACAUCUCAAUAACAGCCUUUCUGAUGAAAUUGUGUUACAUGAAUGUGAACCUGAAAAGCAAUUCAAGUGCAAAAUACAACAUGGCUGCUUCAGAUUUUUGUGAUUGCUAAAACUGAGUAGAGCAGGGUCAGAGGCCUAAGAUGAAAGGUCUCCAUCAGAAGAAGCGAUAUCUGAAAACCAGACAAAAGUCUUAUGAUACCAUUUGCUGCUAAUCUAACAACACUGCUAGUUGUUUUGACAAAGUUUUAGGAAUCAUACCAUAUUUAGGAAUGUUAAUAAGGCUAGCAACUGUCACUGUGCUAAUGAUGUUAGUAGUAAUGGUGAUAAAAAUCAUUGGUGUGUUAAUAAAGCAGCAUUGAAUUGGAUUUCCUAA